CUGGAUUCUUAUUUUCUGCUCUCUCCCUCUAAAACUAUAUAUGACUCCUUACUCUCUCUAAAUGUCAAAUUCCAUCUUGUCUUGCUGUAGAUUGCGCGGCCAUUGAUAUUAUAGAGGAGCUUGCAGAGAUUGAGUGGCUCCAUCUCGAUGGGUUUCCCUUUGGUCUCUGCUUUGAUGAGACUGGGGGUGAAAUCGACGACCACCGACGAAGCUCCCAUAAAUUCCAUAACUUUAUUCGUGGUGCUCCUUUGUUUUUGCAUUGUGAUUGGUCAUCUUCUGGAGAAAAGUCGAUGGAUGACUGAAUCAGUCACUGCCCUUCUCAUUGGCCUUUGUACUGGAAUUGUUAUUCUUCUAAAUACCGAAUGGAAAAGCUCACGCGUCUUAGUUUUUAAUGAAGAUAUUUUCUUCAUAUAUCUUCUGCCACCUAUUAUAUUCAAUGCUGGAUUCCAGGUGAAAAAGAAGCGGUUUUUCCAGAACUUCAUGACAAUCAUGUUGUUGGGUGCUGUUGGCAGUUUUAUAUCAUUUGGCAUUGUAUGGCUAGGUUCGUUGCACUUAUUCGAAAAAAUGGACAUUGGUUUCCUGGAGAUGAACGAUUAUCUUGCACUUGGAGCAAUCUUCUCGGCUACAGAUACUGUUUGCACCCUUCAGGUGCUUAAUCAAGAUGAGACGCCUUUACUGUACAGUCUAGUCUUUGGAGAAGGUGUUGUAAAUGAUGCCACAUCUGUGGUACUUUUCAAUGCAAUCCAGAGAUUUGAUCUCUCUCACAUCAACUCAACCAUUGUGAUGGAGUUUAUUGGCAAUUUCUUAUAUCUGUUUCUGACAAGCACAUUGCUGGGUAUAGCUGUCGGAUUGCUUAGUGCAUACAUCAUGAAGAAGUUGUACCUUGGCAGGCACUCUACUGAUCGUGAAGUUGCUCUUAUGAUUCUAAUGGCUUAUUUGUCAUAUAUGGUGGCAGAACUGUUCGAUUUAAGUGGCAUUCUUACUGUUUUCUUCUGCGGGAUUGUCAUGUCUCACUAUACCUGGCACAAUGUAACCGAAAGAUCAAGAGUUACAACCAAGCAUGCUUUUGCAACAUUAUCAUUUGUUUCGGAGAUUUUCAUCUUCCUGUAUGUUGGUAUGGAUGCCUUGGACAUUGAGAAGUGGAAAUUUGUAAGCGAGAGUCCUGGGACAUCAAUUGGAGUCAGUUCGAUAUUACUUGGCCUGGUUCUGAUUGGAAGAGCUGCUUUUGUAUUUCCCCUAUGUUUUGCUUCGAACUUAACUAGGAAACAUCAGAGCGACAAAAUUGGAUUUAAGCAACAGGUAACGGUAUGGUGGGCAGGACUCAUGAGAGGUGCUGUAUCUGUGGCUCUUGCUUAUAAUUGGUUUACAAUGUCAGGCCAUACUCAACGCCGUGGAAAUGCAGUCAUGAUCACUAGUACAAUCACAGUUGUUCUCUUCACCAAUGUGGUGUGCGGAUUAUUGACCAAGCCUCUUGUAAGGUGGUUGUUGCCACAACAUAAACACUCAGGCAGCAUCAUGUCCUCUGAAUUAUUAUCAUCUGAGAUGUCUCUGGCUAUGCCACUCCUCACUAAUGGAGACGAUCCAAAGUGGGAUAUGGCCGGUGAUAGAAUUCCACGUCGAACUGUUCUGCGUAUGCUCUUGAUGACACCGGUUCGUUCUGUGCAUUACUACUGGAGAAUGUUUGAUGACAGUUUCAUGCGUCCUGUUUUUGGCGGUAGAGGAUUUGUGCCAUUCGCUCCUGGUUCACCCAACGAAGAUAUUGUGCACCAAUCGGUACUUGGGGAGCAGCAGAUAGUAGAGUAAUAUUAUAACUUGAGGAUUGAUUGUUUUGCUGGGUUACAUAUAUAUUGGUGUAAAUAGUCAAAAUUAUAACUUAUAGGCAGGCCUCCCUCCCUGAGCCGUGAUGUAUUGUACAUAUGCAGACAUUAUGGAACUCAAGGAAAGAAAUGGGAUACUC